UCUUAAAGAGACAACCCGGACUUGCAGAUAAAUCUAGCAUUCUCCAAUAAAAGGUGAAAGGAAGACCACAAAGAGAGCUCUAGCUAAUAGUAGACAACUUCGUCCUGCUGCCAGAGCAGAUGCAGAUAUACCUCCAAUAUAUGCAUCCCUUCGUUAUCUAUGGCUUUCCCUUUCUUUUCUUCGCGCUCUUUCUCCUCAAAUGGCUCUCCAUAACCCCUCCCAAAAACAUGCCGCCUUCACCGCCAAAGCUUCCUUUCCUAGGGAACCUCCACCAACUCGGUUUGUAUCCUCACCGCACCCUUUGUUCGUUAGCUCAACGCCAUGGCCCGCUCAUGCUGCUUCACUUCGGCAGUCGGCCUGCGCUAAUCGCGUCGUCUGCAGACACUGCUCGAGAGAUCAUGAAAACCCAUGAUGUCAUCUUCUCCAACAGACCAAAACUAAGCAUUUCCGACAGACUUCUCUACGAGGGUAAGGAUGUGUCGACAGCUCCCUAUGGGGAGUACUGGAGGCAAAUGAGAAGCAUUUGCGUGCUCCAGCUUUUGAGUAACAAGAGGGUUCAGUCUUUUCGAGCUGUAAGGGAAGAAGAAGUAGCCUUGUUCAUGGAGAAGAUCAGAGACCAGUCUUGUUCGUUGUCGUUGCCAGUAAAUUUAGGCGAGAUGUUUGUCUCGCUGACCAACGAUAUCAUUUGCAGAGUGGCUUUUGGGAGGAAGUACAGUACAGGUGAAGAUGGGAAGAAGUUUGGACAGUUGUUGGGAGAGCUUAUGAAACUGUUGGGUGCUUUCAAUGUGGGGGACUUCAUUCCAUGGCUGACAUGGGUAAAUGGAAUCAAUGGUAUUGAUGCUCGAGUGGAGAAAGUCUAUAAGGAGUUUGAUCAGUUUUUAGAUGGCAUAGUAGAGCAGCACAAAAGAGAGAACAGAAUUAAUGGGAAUCAUGGAAGUACACUACUUCUGGGUGAAGAUAAAAAAGAUCUGGUGGACGUUUUGCUCGAGAUCCAAAAUGAUAACGCUGCUGGAGUUGCCAUGGACGAAACAAGCAUUAAAGCACUAAUCUUGGAUAUGUUUGCUGCUGGAACUGAUACUACUUACACAGUUCUAGAAUGGGCAAUGUCAGAGCUCUUAAGGCACCCUAGAGUCAUGAAGAAAUUGCAAGAUGAGGUAAGGGGGAUUUCACAGGCCAAAACCAGCAUAACUGAGAACCACUUAGAGAACAUGCACUACUUGAAAGCAGUGAUAAAAGAGACCUUUCGGCUAUAUCCUCCAAUCCCAUUAUUAGUUCCCAGAGAAUCAACCCAAGAUGUUGAAAUAAAGGGCUAUCACAUUCCUGCUGGAACCUUAACUUUCAUUAAUGCAUGGGCAAUUGGAAGGGACCCUGCAUUGUGGGAAGAACCAGAAGAGUUUCGACCAGAGAGGUUCUUGACUUCUUCUGUAGAUUUUAGAGGACAUGAUUUCCAGCUGAUCCCAUUUGGAGCUGGAAGGAGGGGAUGCCCAGGAAUCACAUUUGCCAUGGCUACCAAUGAGCUUGUGUUGGCCAAUCUUGUGCACGAGUUCGACUGGGCAUUGCCUGGUGGUGCAUGUUUGGAGGAUUUGAACAUGACCCAAUGCACUGGUCUUACUAUCCAUAGAAAAGUUCCUCUCCUUGCUGUUGCAAGUACUCCUAUAUAUAUAUAUAAGUCGGGGAAAUAAUUCUACCAUUUAUAUAUAUGGUGUUGCCUAUAUA